CGUCCUCUCUCUCUUUCUCCCUCUUGGUUCAUUGGAACUUUUUCCCUUUGGCUGCCCUGCUGCGGACACGCGCCAUAUGGAUAGAGAGCUGGUGGGAAGUCCGACCAGUCGCCUGCAGGACACUGCUGAUCGUCGGCGGACGCGCUCAAAUCGGGCCUCCGUCGCCGGCGACGGCAAGAUCGAUUUUCCGACGAUUCGGCCACCACCCAGUCAAAUUGAUGCUCCUUCCCACCAUUUUUGGACCUCCUGAGCUCAAUUUUGAAGUCCAUUUAGCUCAAUUCACUACUGUUUAGGAGUUUCUUACCAUUUUGAGAAUCAGAUUGAUGAAAUCUUAUAAAAAAUGCACCACUGCUACUCUAAUGGCGUUGUUGAUACAGAGCACGAUGACCUUUAUACCAUUGCUUUUUGGUUUCGCUUGCUUAGGCAACAUGGUUAUUAUAUAUCAUGUGAUGUAUUUAACAAGUUUAAGGACGAAGAAGGAAACUUUAAGGCAUCCUUAGCCAUUGAUGUGUCAGGCUUGCUAAGUUUGUAUGAGGCUGCACACCUUCGUAUACGCGGGGAAGAAAUUCUUGAUGAAGCCAUAGCUUUCACUACCACUCAUCUUGAGUCAAUGGUGAGCAGAAUAAGCCCACACCUCUUGGAAAAGGUCACAUUUGCCCUGAACCGACCCAUUCGUAAAAACUUACCAAGGUUAGAGACAAGGCACUACGUUUCUCUCUAUCCCAAAGAAGAUUUCCACAAUGCAACUUUGUUGAAGUUGGCAGCGUUAGAUUUUAAUGUUUUACAAGCGUUGCAUCAACAGGAGGUGAGCAACAUUACAAGGCAAGCAUGA